AUGGCUUGCAGAUGCUUCCUUUGGUCGGAAUCUGCUGGUGUCACGAAAAGGGCUCUAGUUGCUUGGGAAAGAUUAUGUCUCCCCAAGGUUCAAACUCCAAAUCAGGCAUCUUGGAUGGUGAGGAAAAUUAUUGGAGCCUCGAAAUUCAUCAUGAAUAUUGGGCCUGCAAAUCUCAGUGUUUUUUAUCUUGCAUACUUCUCGACCAGGAAAACUUAUAAUUUAUUAAGAGGAAAUUUUGAGAAGGUUCCCUGGAAAAAGCUGAUUUGUAAUAACCCUUGCCCCCCUAAAUGUCUAUUUAUUGGUUGGUUAGCGGUGUUACGGAGGCUUACUACUUGCGAUAGAUUGGUGAAGAUUGGUAUUCAAUGUGAUACUUUGUGUUGUUUAUGUAGCAAGGAACAAGAAGACAUUGAACAUUUGUUUUUUUCGUGUUCUUGGUCUUCUGAGCUUUGGACUAAGGUUUUGAGUUGGAUUGGGUGCAUUAAGCAGUCAGAGUCGUGGUCUUCAGAGAUUGAUUUUGUGACUGCUCAUGCUACUGGAAAUCUUGCCAAACACCAGAUUUAUAGGAUGGUUUUGUUCACUUCUGUCUACUUUGUGUGGAGGGAAAGGAACCAACGACAUUUUCAAGGCGUUACGGGAGAUUUGAAUCAGGUGUUUAGAGAGAUUCAAUUGGUUGUUUAUAGUACAUGCUUCUUGUAUAAAAAGCUCAGGAAUGUUGGGCAGGAGUUAUAG